UUUCUCUCCAUUGCUAGGGUUACUAAUUUCUUCCUUUCUUUCGCUUUUUCUUUUUUCGGUUUUCGUCUACCGAGUCACCGAACGAGUUAAGAACGAGGCGAGUUUCAGCAACAACUAUGGAGUCGAUCCCCGAUCCUGGAGAGGUGACCGAGUUGGUACAACCGAGUUUCGAUGAGUUCCAGAGGCAGGCCUCUCUGAUGACGAGCUGUACUCUCCUCUGGAAAGAACUCUCCGAUCACAUAAACUCUCUCGAGCAGAACCUGUUGAAGCAAUCGGAGACCUUGAAACGUAAGAUCGAGACUCUAGACUCGGAGACCAAGGCCUCACUUGAAUCACUCAAGAAGCGCGAACUCAGUAUCGAGGACAGCGUCAAGAUCGCGCUCAGAAGAGUUGAUUUCAACACCAAAGCCGCCAUGAGAACACUUAGCGACGAACUCGAAGAGAAUCCGGACGGCGAGGUCGACAACGGAGACUGCCUUUUGCAACACCUGAAAUCAUCGUGCUUGAAAAUGGAAGCUAAAGAGUUCUGGAACUUCGUCACUGGAAAAAAGAAGGAACUCGAUUUGUUAAGAGAGAAAAUCCCUGCAGCUUUAUCGGAAUGCAUCGACCCGGUAAGGUUCGUUAUGGAGGUCAUAUCAGAGGUAUUUCCGGUGGAUAAAAGAGGAAAUGAGGGAGGAAGUGAUUUAGGUUGGGCUUGUGUUUUGAUUCUGGAAAGCUUAAUUCCUGUGUUGGUCGAUCCGGUGAUCGGAAAAUCAAGGAUGCUGGUCACGCCUAGUAUGAAGGAGCAGGCGAAAGAGAUCGCGGUGACUUGGAAAAAGAGCCUUGAAGAGAGAGGAGGAAUUGAGAACGUGAAGACCCCUGAUGUUCAUACCUUUUUGCAGCAUUUGGUUACGUUUGGGAUUGUUAAGAAAGAAGAUCUGGAGUUUUAUAGGAAGCUUGUUGUUGCUUCUGCUUGGAGAAAACAAAUGCCCAAACUCGCUGUUUCUCUCGGCCUCGGUGAUCAAAUGCCCGACAUGAUUGAAGAGUUGAUCAGCAAGGGACAGCAGCUCGAUGCAGUUCAUUUUACUUAUGAAGUUGGUCUUGUGGACAAGUUUCCCCCUGCACCGCUGCUGAAAGCUUUCUUGAGGGAUGCAAAGAAGGCUGCAUCUUCUAUCUUAGAUGAUCCCAAUAAUACUGGGCGGGCUGUGCAACUUGCCGCACGCAAAGAGCAAUCAGCACUUCGAGCUGUCAUCAAGUGCAUUGAGGAGUACAAACUCGAGGCUGAGUUCCCGCCUGAAAACCUCAAGAAACGCCUUGAGCAGCUAGAGAAGAGCAAGACUGAGAAGAGAAAGCCAGUUGUAGUCCCUGCUAACAAGCGAACACGUGCAAGUAAUGGUGGUCCUAUGCCUCCAGCUAAAGCUGGCCGUUUGACGAAUGCAUACGUCUCCUCUUUUCAUGCACCUCCUCCAUUCGUAAGGUCUCCCUCGCACACCCAGUACCCUACUCCAGUCCAGGGAUAUCCAUCCCCACCUGCCAUGCACACCCAAUACCCUACUCCAGUCCAGGGAUACCCAUCCCCACCUGCCAUGCACACCCAAUACCCUACUCCAGUCCAGGGAUACCCAUCCCCACCUGCCAUGUACGGAAGCAGGAGCCCACCCGCCAACCCCUAUGCUUACUCACCAGAAGCUGCCCCUCCUCCCCUCGCUGGUCCAUACCCUGGAGCUCCCAUGAACUAUCCCGUAUAUGGGGGUUACGGUAACGGUUUGGCACCGGCAUAUCAGCAGGCUUACUACCGAUAGACAAUGACGACUACUCUGGUGAUGGUAACCACUGAUACGCUGACUACUACCAGACCAAUCUAAGUUUAUGUUUCUAAAAUGGUUUGUCUGUAAUAUCACUAACCGUUUUAAUGGUAGCGAUGUCUGUGUGUUUAAUUAUAACUGCCUAUCGAAAAACUCUAGUACUAGGUGAUUGUGGUUAA